CCCACCGCAUCUUCUUCUUCUUGCACAAGUUGAGGGCAGGCCGUCUCAUCGGAUCUUCUUCCAGCAGAAGUCGAGGGCGGCGGCGGCUAGCCCGACGCGAUCAGCCGAGCGAUGUCGUCGUCGGCGCCCGCGCCGGCCGCCAUGACCGUCGACGACGCGGAGGACGACCAGCUCGCCUCCAUGUCCACGGAGGACAUCAUCAGGGCCUCCCGCCUCCUCGACAACGAGAUCCGCGUCCACAAGGACGAGCUGCAGCGCACGAACCUGGAGCUCGAGUCCGUCAAGGAGAAGAUCAAGGAGAACCAGGAGAAAAUCAAGCUUAACAAGCAGCUGCCCUACCUCGUCGGCAACAUAGUCGAGAUUUUGGAAAUGAACCCUGAGGAUGAAGCUGAAGAGGAUGGUGCUAAUAUUGACCUGGACUCGCAAAGGAAAGGGAAAUGUGUUGUUCUUAAGACAUCCACAAGACAAACUAUAUUCCUUCCUGUGAUUGGGUUAGUUGACCCUGAUAAGCUGAAGCCUGGUGAUUUAGUAGGAGUUAACAAAGACAGCUACUUGAUACUAGAUACAUUGCCUUCUGAGUACGACUCACGGGUGAAGGCUAUGGAAGUAGAUGAAAAGCCUACUGAAGAUUAUAAUGACAUUGGAGGACUCGAGAAACAGAUUCAAGAGCUUGUGGAAGCUAUAGUGUUGCCGAUGACACACAAGGAUCGCUUCCAGAAGUUGGGUAUUCGUCCCCCUAAAGGGGUUCUUUUGUACGGACCACCUGGGACUGGGAAGACGCUCAUGGCUCGUGCAUGCGCUGCACAGACUAAUGCGACAUUUCUGAAAUUGGCUGGUCCACAACUUGUCCAGAUGUUCAUUGGUGAUGGAGCUAAGCUCGUUAGAGAUGCUUUUCAGCUGGCAAAGGAGAAAGCCCCCUGUAUCAUCUUUAUUGAUGAAAUUGAUGCCAUUGGAACAAAGCGUUUUGACAGUGAAGUGAGCGGUGAUAGAGAAGUGCAAAGGACCAUGUUGGAAUUGCUGAAUCAGCUUGAUGGAUUUAGCAGCGAUGAGAGGAUAAAGGUGAUAGCUGCGACAAAUCGCGCUGAUAUUCUUGACCCUGCUCUCAUGCGAUCUGGCCGUCUGGACCGGAAGAUUGAGUUCCCUCAUCCAUCAGAAGAAGCACGAGCUAGAAUCUUGCAGAUUCACUCGAGGAAGAUGAAUGUAAAUCCGGAUGUUAACUUCGAAGAGUUGGCGCGUUCAACUGAUGAUUUCAACGGUGCUCAGUUAAAGGCUGUUUGCGUGGAGGCUGGCAUGCUUGCUCUACGCCGAGACGCAACAGAGGUUACCCACGAGGAUUUCAACGAGGGAAUCAUCCAAGUGCAGGCAAAGAAGAAGUCCAGCUUGAACUACUACGCAUAAGGAAACACGUUCUUUGUGAUCGUUCACUUGUUUGCGGCACCUCCGUUGUUGGGUAGUAUAACUUAUGAUUGUAUUAAGCAAGCACGUGUUGUUUUACUUUAUAUUAUCAGAUCUAACAACCAGUCUCGACCCGUCUACUGUCCCUUGCGGCUUUGCCUGUUUGUACCUUAACUUUUUUCUUCUUCUCAGAAUUCUCGUAACAAUUCCGGAUUGGCAUCUUAGCACAAUGUUGUAUCCCCUUAUUCUGAUGCCGA